AUGGACAACAUGAAUAAGCAAGUUAAAUGGUUUUACCAUGGCCCCGACAACAAAGUUCAUGGUCCUUAUCACGCCAAGGAUAUGCUUAUGUGGACCCAAACGGGAUAUUUCAAAGAUAAUCUUCUCAUCCGAACCGAGCAUGAAGAAGGUUUCCGAACAUUGGGAGAAUGGACGCGAUUAGCUAGCGGAAAACUGCCUUUCUUAUUACCUGUUUUGUCAAUGGAUCACAUGUUAGCCUCUUUAUCACUUAAUAAUCAACAAUCCGCUCCUAUGAUGAUGGUCCCUCCCGGCUUGGCUCCUCCAUUCCCUCCUCCAUUGAGUAGAUACCAUAAUGGAGCUUUUAUGAAUUUGCCCCCUAAUGCAGUACCCUCUAGCCAGCCGCCAUCCGAGCCUAUAGAUGCAGGUAGCUUAUGCCAUACCCCUGACAGUGAUCAGGAGAUCAACCAUGCUGAUGUUCUCCAUGGCGGUGUUCUCAGAAAUGCAGCUGUUAUGACUGCUCCUCAAACUAAGUCUGUUGCCUGUGGAACCGAAACAAUGAUGAAGAAUGCUGAAUGUCAAACGACCCCUAUUAUUUUGAAUGGCAAAGACGCAGCACGCAUACUGUCUGAGAUGUUGGGACAGAAAGUUCUUGUUACCUAA